AUGUCAAAUGAUGAACCAAAUAUUGAGUUUGAAGAAAGUGAAUUUGAAUCUAAAUUGCGCCUUGAAUCGGAGAUUGAAUUUUUGCAAAGUCUAACCGAUCCUAGAUACCUACAUUACUUAUCCAAAGAAGGGUAUUUCCUUCAAAAUGAAUUUUUAAACUACCUAAAAUACCUUCGUUAUUUACUAAAAGAACCUUAUAUUAAACAUCUCCGUUUUCCUACUUCUAUUGCUAUUCUUAACAUUUUGGAGGAUGAAGAUUUCAGGAUGUCUAUGUUAAAAGAAUCUUGUGUACAAGCGCUUUGUGAUCAAUUGGAUUAUCAUUGGUUAAAUUUUGCAUAUGAUCGACUUUAA